GGCUGUGCCGGUACCGUAAAAAAAGGCGCAUGUGUGUUUGCGGUUGUGUAGCCAGUUGCGCCGCAUCCAGACGCGCUGCCCGCCGCUGGCUGAUGCCCGCCCCCUCCCCUCCUUCUCUUCCUCCUCAUCCUCAUCAUCAUCAUCCUCCUUGUCCUCUCCGCGUCGCCCCUCAUCUUGGUGCUGUUGUGCGCAAAAAUCUCCCGCGCCGGACGGAGGGGACCCAGGAGGAGCCGCCGCCGGAGCGGACAUGGAUGUUUAACCCGCACGCUGCUCCCCGCAACAACAGCACGCUGUUUGCAGAUUUUUAUUUUAGAUUUAUUUUUGGGGUGUUUUUGUUUUUUCCUUUUUUCUUUUUUUUUUAGGAUGUUGCUCUUGCCCUAGGAAGGGAGAGGAUCUGCUCGAUGUUUCUCUUCAGUUAAUCACGGAACCAAGAUGAGGAUUUCUCCCUGUGGCUGGAUGGUGUGGAUGUUCUCGGGCUUCGCGAUGGGAGCUUUCCCCAGCAGCGUUCAGAUCGGCGGGCUGUUCAUCAGAAACACGGAUCAAGAGUACACGGCCUUCCGCCUGGCCAUCUUCCUGCACAACACGAGCCCCAACGCGUCGGAAGCCCCGUUCAACCUGGUGCCUCAUGUGGACAACAUCGAAACGGCCAACAGCUUCGCCGUCACCAACGCCUUUUGCUCGCAGUAUUCCCGCGGUGUCUUCGCCAUCUUCGGCCUGUACGACAAGCGGUCGGUGCACACGCUGACGUCGUUCUGCAGCGCGCUGCACAUCUCCCUCAUCACGCCCAGCUUCCCCACCGAGGGCGAGAGCCAGUUCGCCCUGCAGCUGCGGCCGUCCAUCCGCCGCGCGCUGCUCUCCCUGCUCGACCACUACGACUGGAAGAAGUUCGUCUUCCUGUACGACACGGACCGAGGGUACGCCAUUCUGCAGGCCAUCAUGGAGAAAGCUGGACUGGACGACUGGCAGGUCAGCGCCAUCUGCGUGGAAAACUUCAACGAUGCCAACUACCGCCGCCUGCUGGAGGACCUGGAGCGCCGCGAGGAGAAGAAGUUCGUCAUCGACCUGGAGGCCGAGAGGCUGCAGAACAUGCUGGAGCAGAUUGUGAGUGUUGGGAAACAUGUGAAGGGUUACCACUACAUCAUGGCCAACUUGGGAUUUAAGGACAUCAACCUGGAGCGCUUCAUGCACGGGGGCGCCAACGUCACCGGCUUCCAGCUGGUCAACUUCAGCAACCCCAUGGUCAUCAAGCUGAUGCAGCGCUGGAACAAACUGGACCAGAGGGAGUACCCGGGCUCCGACGCCCCGCCUAAGUACACGUCUGCGCUGACGUAUGACGGCGUGAUGGUGAUGGCCGAGGCCUUCAGGACACUGCGCAGUCGAAAGGUGGACCUGUCCCGACGGGGGAACGCCGGGGACUGCCUGGCGAACCCCGCCGCCCCCUGGAACCAGGGCAAAGAAAUGGAGCGCACCCUGAAACAGGUCCAGCUGCAGGGACUAACAGGUAAUGUUGAGUUUAACGAGUUUGGUCAGCGGAUCAACUACUCCAUGGACGUGUUUGAGCUGAAGAAUAACGGACCCAGAAGGAUCGGCUACUGGAACGGUGACGACAAACUGGUUCUGGAGGAGGAAACUCAGCAGCUUUCCAACGACACCACAGGCAUGGAUAACCGAACCGUUAUCGUGACGACCAUUAUGGAGGGUCCUUACGUCAUGCUGAAGAAGAACUGGGAGUCGUUCGAGGGUAACGACCAGUACGAGGGUUACUGCGUGGACCUGGCCUCUGAGAUUGCCAAACACAUCGGCAUCAAGUACAAGAUCGCCAUCGUCCCAGACGGGAAGUACGGCGCUAGGGACCCAGAGACCAAGAUCUGGAACGGCAUGGUCGGGGAGCUGGUGUACGGGAAAGCGGAAAUCGCUGUGGCCCCUUUGACUAUCACGCUGGUCCGGGAGGAGGUGAUCGACUUCUCCAAACCGUUCAUGUCGCUCGGCAUCUCCAUCAUGAUCAAGAAGCCGCAGAAGUCCAAACCGGGCGUGUUCUCCUUCCUGGACCCGCUGGCCUACGAGAUCUGGAUGUGCAUCGUGUUCGCCUACAUCGGCGUGAGCGUGGUGCUCUUCCUGGUCAGCCGCUUCAGCCCGUACGAAUGGCACACCGAGGAGCCCGAGGAGGGCACCGACGGUCCGCCAAGCGACCAGCCCCCCAAUGAGUUUGGCAUCUUCAACUCUCUCUGGUUCUCCCUGGGCGCCUUCAUGCAGCAGGGCUGUGACAUCUCCCCCAGGUCGCUGUCUGGCCGGAUUGUGGGCGGAGUCUGGUGGUUCUUCACCCUCAUCAUCAUCUCGUCCUACACGGCCAACCUGGCGGCCUUCCUCACCGUGGAGCGGAUGGUUUCGCCCAUCGAGAGCGCCGAGGAUCUGGCCAAGCAGACCGACAUCGCCUACGGCACGCUGGACUCCGGAUCCACCAAGGAGUUCUUCAGGCGCUCCAAGAUCGCCGUCUAUGAGAAGAUGUGGGGCUACAUGAAGUCGGCCGAGCCCACGGUGUUCACCAAGACCACGGCGGAGGGCGUGGCGCGGGUCCGCAAGUCGAAGGGGAAGUACGCCUUCCUGCUGGAGUCCACCAUGAACGAGUACACGGAGCAGAGGAAGCCCUGCGACACCAUGAAAGUGGGCGGGAACCUGGACUCCAAGGGUUACGGCGUCGCCACGCCCAAGGGUUCACAGUUAAGAACGCCUGUAAACCUUGCCGUAUUGAAACUGAGUGAAGCAGGAGUCUUAGACAAACUGAAAAACAAAUGGUGGUACGAUAAAGGGGAGUGUGGACCCAAGGACUCUGGAAGUAAGGACAAGUCGUCCCAGGCCCUCAGCCUGAGCAACGUGGCGGGGGUCUUCUACAUCCUCGUCGGGGGCCUGGGUUUGGCAAUGCUGGUGGCCCUCAUCGAAUUCUGCUACAAGUCACGCAACGAGGCCAAAAGAAUGAAGCUGACCUUCACAGAAGCCAUGAGGAACAAGGCUCGGCUGUCCAUCACCGGCAGCGUCGGGGAGAACGGCCGGGUUCUGACGCCCGACUGCCCCAAGGCCGUCCACACCGGGCCGCCCGUCCGCCAGAGCUCCGGCCUGGCCCUCGUCUCCUCCGAGCUUCCUUGAAAACCAAAAACCUCUCAAGUGCCUUAAUGCAACACCAACCGACCGACCGGAACCACCAGGAGGCAGAUUCACUGGGCCGGCGGGUCGCUGCCAGGCCGCGGGGGACGAACCAGAACUUUUUUUUUUUUUAUUCCAACCGGAGGACAAAAAAUAAUAUCAGAGGAAAAAAACUGCACACUUGAAACUAGUUGGUGUUUUCUGAGCUGACCGCUCUCGGACAGAUAUCGACGGGAACAAACGCAGAUAUUUCUAUUCAUAAAAGUGGAAAUUUAAAUCUAUUGAUGCUGAAUAUAUGAGCAAAUCUAGAAUACUGUGAAGAUUAGUAAAUAUGUAUAUUCUGAGGACGAACUCUAGCUGUACAUCCCCACGGCUGUGCUUGCUUUUUAAACUCGUGUACAUAGCGGACGCUGUAGUGAAGACUCUUUCUUUUCUAAACCAUCUCUGGAGAUUUUAUUCGUCGCAAUAACGAAGCGGACGACGACCGAUGAACUUUGUGUUUAUUCUAUUAAUAUAGGAGCAUCCGAACUAAAUGUGAAGGGUAUCCACUGCCCAAAUAUUCUGAUACCUGUUGCAGUAAAGUUUCUGAAGUAUAUUCCAGGAUGAAUGUUACUAGCUCCACCUAUAGGCCCGACCCGUGUAGUCUUUGUCGCGGAAUCAUCGGUUCUGGAAACGCAAUCUGAACCAAUCGGCUGAAAUACGCAUGCGCUGAAGACAUACUUCCGGAUUAUUCUUAAAACGUAGCUCAACGAAGUGUAGACUUAGACUUUAUUGUAAUUUUGUAUGCACAGGGGUGUAUACAUAAGGAAAUUUCGUUGCAUACGGCUCAGGACAAUGUUUUGAGGUUCCAAUGAGGUUUCUCCAGAAUAAAUAAAAUACAAUAUAAAUAUUAAAUAUAAAGUGCAGGAAUGACAGUAAAAUAGAAGUUAUUUAGCUAUGUACAUGAAGUGGAGACCAGUUUUCGAGUGCAGUCCAGUUAAGAGUUCAGCAGUCAUAUUCAUAUAUGUUAUAUAUAAAUGUUAUAUUCAUUUAUGUUAAUUAAAAUACUAUUUGUUACAAGAGGAUGUAUUUUCACAAACAAUGUUAUAAUUAUUUUAAUGAAUAAUUGUCAUAAUUGACAUGACUGCUGUAGCUUGUAACAUUUUAGCAAAUAUUAGCAUUUUAGCUAAAUGUAGCUAGAGUAUGGUUUUUUCACUGUUAUUCUAAGUAAAUAUGCUAGUGAUAGCCUACAUGCUAUUAUUAGGAUUUCAUCUAGCUUUAGCUUUUCAAUUAAUUUUAGCUUUUAUGUGUUUUUUUUCACAUUGCAUGGAAUGAAUGUCAAUGAGCCCUCUGGUGGACAAAAAAAGGCCUUUAUUUUUACAAUAAUCAAGUCUUUUAUGAGAUUUAUCAUUUAUUGUCUAGAAAAUAGCUCCUCUUAUAAGUAUAUGAUAUAAACAACCAUAUUACCCUUUGUUGAUGUACGUUUUAGGAAUAAUCUGGAAGUAUUUCUUCAGCGCAUGCGUCGUUGAGCCAUUGGUCCGGAUCGUGGUUCUGGAACAGACGGUGCCGUGACAGUCCUCACUGUGCAGACGUAGAUCCAGAGAGCAGCUCUAGGAACCAACUUCCUGCUCUCUGAUUAUUUAGUUUUUUCCAUUCUUUGAUCUAUUUUUUUAUGCUGAGAACUAAAAAAAAAUGACUUGAGUCAGUACUAUCAGGGUAGUACUUUACCGCCAUCAAUGGAACGACGCCAUCUCUCCCACUAUGUUGUGUGUUGAACUGGGAUUAGGGCCAGUCCUAGCUGAAUCACUGUGGAUCCUCUGGGAGGCUCAACAUGCUGUAGUAGAGACGUCCAGCUGGACAGUCUGUGGGAGGACACGAGACGCCCAGAGGCGCUGUUAGACGUUUCAUCAUCCGGCCCGUCCUCUUACAUGUUUACGAAAAGGGAAGAAACCAGCUGCACCGGUCCAGGUCUGCAUUCCUGUCCUGCCAUCCGUCUCCAGACCGGACGCGUCACAUGGGCGUCUUUUGAUUUAAUUGUACGUCUUUAUUUUGAUCUUUUUUAAGUAAAGGAAAAAUAAUUUCAGAUUAAAAUGUGGUGUCAUUUUCUUUAAGUGAUGCUGAUUUUCAGUGAUGGGGACACUGACACUAAUAGCGGAGCUCGGGCUCUUUGCACGUCAGCUUCCGCGUUCGGGGAAAAGCGGCUCGGUUGUUUCCGGUCUAUUGAAAAUGGCAUUUUACACUCGUCUAAUAGGACGGUGUUUACAGCGGUGUGUACAGGCGGAUCAGUUCAGCUGCUUGUCUGCUGGUCGUUCCCAUAAACUCGCUCUUUCAGGCUGAAUACAGAAAUGAUUCCGUGGAAAUAACACAGGAACGGCUCCUUUAUUUACCAUCUGUCUCCCUCCGGUAGUUUUAGGCUGAAGAAGGUGAUACGGAGUGAAGUAAAGGCUGCACACUUUGCUGUGUAGCGUUGGUUUAACUGGUGGAGACGAAUAUUUACAAGCCACCGUCUUCUUAAUUCAGGAUCGCUUGGGAAUCCAUGAAAACUUAAAAGCCCAUUAUAUUUGGAAGACAACAAUGUUCAUUGUGUUGCUUUAUUUGCAUCUGAAAUAUGGCUUUAUCUUUUCUAGUUGUCAUGGUAACUCAAAGCGGAAACAAGAAAGCCGCAUUUCACUCAUGCGGAUGUGACGUCAGCGCCGUACGUGCAAAGAGCCCAAGUUCAACACAAAGUGCCAAUGUGCAAAGUCCAUUUAGCUCCCAAGUUAAUUUUUCCACAUAAUUUCUACUGCGCUUCUACUAGGUCCAGUAUUAAGUGGACCUAGUUUUUAGCUUUGUGCUUUUGCUAACUUUGAAAACAUUUAGCAGACUUCUCUGAAACACCCCAAAUUCCACAGCACAUCUACAUGUUAAUGUAGUCAAAGUCAGGCUAGCAUAAC